AUGUCCUAAUAAAUAAUACAUCCUCUAUAAAAGCAUUUCCAAACAUCAUUUGAGGAAAUAAAGUAAGAAAUUUAUAUAUAAACAACCAUUACAGACCUAAAUAACACUACAUAAAAUUCCCGUCAUUAAUUCCGUUAAGAAAUAGCCUAAUAAAUACUAUAAUAAGACGACCAUUUAAUACCUUUAAAAGACCUUUCUUUAAAAUAUAAUACACAUAUAGAAACUGGCUUAAAUGAACAAUAAGCGGAGAUUAAUAUAUAAAUAUAUGGGGACAAUAAAUUAACUGAAAAGCCUAAAAAAUCUAAAAUUUUGAUAUUUUUAUUAGAACUAACUAACGGUUUUUCAAUUUUAUUAUGGGCGGGUUCUUUUUUAUGUUUUUUAGCUUUUUUUAUAGACUCCUCAGACUUAUCUAACUUAUAUUUAGGUUCAAUAAUAGUGUUCGUUGUUUUAUUAACUGGAAUAAUUACUUACCAUUAAAAUGCGACAAGUGAGGCAAUCAUCGAGUCUUUUAAAAAUAUACUGCCGAAUAAUUCCCUAGUAACCCGAGAAGGUAAAACAUACCAAAUAAACUCAUCUAGACUAGUCCCUGGAGAUCUUUUGACUAUAAAAUCAGGUGAAAAAAUACCCGCAGAUAUCAGAAUAAUAUCAUCUAUAGAGAUGAAAGUGGAUAAUUCACCUUUAACAGGAGAAUCGGAGCCAUUAUUAAGGCAAGAUGAUGCUUUAAAUGUCUAAAAUCCACUAGAAGCGCCCAAUAUGGUGUUUUCAGGGACUUUAUGUAAAUAAGGAAUCGGGAAAGGGAUAGUAUUGAAAACUGGAGAUAGGACAAUUAUGGGAAAUAUAGCGCAUUUAUCAUAGUAGGAAAAAUAAGUAAAAAGCCCGCUGAGGGAAGAGCUAGAUAGGUUUGUAGUUUAUGUACUUAUUAUAGCGGUUUUUUUAGGGGUUUUGUUCUUUUUUUUAGGUUUUUUCGUUAUUUAGUAUGAUAUUACUUCUUGUGUACUUUUUGGUAUAGGAAUUCUAGUUUCAAAUGUACCUGAAGGACUUUUGGGCUGUGUGACUAUUUCUUUGGCUAUUACUGCUAAAAAUCUAGCAUAAAAGUCCGUUUUGGUCAAGAAUUUGGAGACUGUAGAAGCUUUAGGAAGUACUUCGUGUAUAUGCACAGAUAAAACAGGGACUUUAACGUAGAAUUAAAUGACUGUGAGUGCUUUUUGGGCUUGCUUGGAUUUUUAAGAGGGAGCUUUAGAAAAUAAUUAGGUUUUUUAAGAUUUACAUUUAUGUUCAGUUUUAUGUAAUGAGGCGUAGUUUGAUGAAAAAAGCGGGGAAGUAUAAGGGAGUGCGACUGAAUGUGGACUAUUGAGAUAUUUCUAGGAAAUUGAAGAUGUUAAAUAGACUAGAAAGAGGUUUAAAAUAGCGAAAAACAUUCAAGGAAAUGAGGCUAAAUAUCCUUUUAAUUCUAAAGAUAAAUUUUCUUUAAUUAUUAUUGAAAAAGAAGAUGAAAAUAAUAAUUUUUGUGUUUACUUAAAAGGGGCUCCUGAAAAAAUAUGGAAUUUUUGUUCUCACAUAUAAAAUAAUAAUGAAAAAAUAGAUGAAAUAAACUAAGAAGCAUAAAAACUUUAUGAAAAUGCGAAUAAUAUUUUUGGAAAAAAAGGAUAAAGAGUUUUAGCAUUUGCAAAAUUAUUUUUAAAAAAAGAAGAUUAUCCUAUAAAUUAUAGAUUUUAGUUAUAAAAUAUAGAUAAUUUUCCUUUUUAAGUAAAUCAAUUUAUAUUUUGUGGAUUAAUAUCAUUUAUAGAUCCUCCUAAAUUAAGAGUUCCUUCUGCUAUAUUAUAAUGUAGAAGUGCAGGAAUAAAAGUAAUAAUGAUCACUGGAGAUUAGCCUUCCACAGCUUUAGAAAUCGCUCGUUAAUGUAACAUAAUUCCUCGAAAAAAAAGGACUAAUUAUGAUGAUUAAGAGGGUGAUUUCUACUAGAAAAUCGACUAAAACGACGCUAUAAUAAUAAGAGGUGAUGAAAUCGAGAAAUCCUUUGAAAAGGAAAAAAGCGAAGGUUUCCCUUCUGAAUAUUUCCUUUAAAAAUGGAUAAAAAAGCCCUAUUGUGUAUUCGCGCGUACAACCCCAGCUCAAAAACUAUAAAUAGUAUAAGCUUGCCAAUCUUAAGGUUACAUAUGUGCUGUAACAGGAGAUGGAGUAAAUGACUCACCUGCCAUAAAAUAAGCCGAUAUUGGCAUUUCAAUGAAUAUAUCAGGAUCUGAUGUCACUAAAGAUGCUUCCGAUAUGGUAUUAUUGGACGAUGAUUUUGCCAGUAUAGUUUAAGGGGUAGAAGAAGGGAGAAAGAUAUUCGAUAAUUUAAAGAAGUCAAUCGUUUAUGUAUUAGUAAGUAAUGUACCGGAAAUUAUUCCGUUUAUUGCAUUUAUUAUUUUUUAAAUACCGCUACCUAUUACUAGUAUUUAUAUGAUUUGUAUAGAUGUAGGGACUGAUAUUAUUCCGUCAAUUUCGUUUUCUUAUGAAGACGCAGAGAUCGAUAUUAUGACGAGAAAACCCAGGAAAAAAAAUGAACAUAUGGUUAGUCUAAAAUUACUUUUUCAUGCGUAUUUUUUGAUGGGGGUUUUGGCAAUAGGAGGUGGAUUUUUGGCUUAUUUUACAGUCUUUAAUUAAUUGGGAUUUCCAAUAAAAAGCCUUUUUGGAUUAGCAAUUGAAAAGGGAGUGCUUAGACCACCAAAAGGGGAUUUUUAGGAAGGUUUUGGAUGUAAAAAUUGCUUAAAUGAUGAUUGUGCGUACUUCAAUGGGAAUUUCAUGUAGAAAAAAGCAUAUAAUUGCAUGCAAGAUUUAGAUCUUUUAAAAGGGUAAAAAGAAUGGGAUUUUAAAUGGCUUAGUAAUGAAUUCGGUGAUUAUGAUUUGAGAAAAAGCCUUAUUUUUUGUGAUGAAAAAAGCGGAAAAUGGACACCGAAAAUUAAAUGGGGAAAAUGCAAUACUAGUAUGUUUAUUUCGCCUGUUUCAGGAAAUACAGCAUGCUUUACAACUGAAGCGCUUAAAUAUGCAUAAACUGCUUGGUUUUGUUCUGUUGUAUUAUUCUAGUUUAGUAAUGUUAUAUGUCUAAAGGGUAGAAAAACAUCUUUUUCAUAUACCUAAAUGAAUAAAUUUAUGAUUUUUGGAAUUAUCUUUGAAUUGGGAUUUUGCUUAUUUUUACUUUAUGUACCAUAUGUGUAGAAUAUUUUUGGGUCAAGACCUUUAAAUUUCGAAAUGGUGUUGAUGCCUUCGUUACCAUUUUCGAUAUUAAUUAUGGUUUGGGAAGAAUUAAGGAAAUAUCUAGUUAGAAAUUAUUGGUGGUUUGAGAAAUAUUCUUAUUAUUGA